AUGUCUUCAUCCUACAACAACUCGAUUGCCUCAUCCGCCGCUCAGUCCUUCCUCAUCUCAGGUGCUCGUACUGGUGCUGGUCUUGGUGUUGGUGUUGGACCUGUUGGUGCUGGUGCUGGUGUUGGUGUUGGUGUUGGUGUUGGUGGUGGUCGUGGUGUUGGUGCUGGUGCUGGUGCUGGUGCUCGUGUCGGAGCAAACAACUUCAACCGUGAUCACGAGCCGGCGAUGAUUCAACAACCCAACUCCUCCGUUGCUCCACCACCCAAGAAGCGCAGAAACCAACCCGGAAACCCAAAUCCAGAUGCUGAAGUGAUAGCGUUAUCCCCAAGGACGAUAAUGGCGACCAACAGGUUCCUUUGUGAGGUAUGCAACAAAGGGUUUCAAAGGGAACAGAAUCUGCAGCUUCACAGGAGAGGACACAACCUUCCAUGGAAGCUGAAGCAGAAGUCGAACAAAGAAGUGAGGAGGAAGGUGUAUCUUUGCCCGGAGGCCUCGUGCGUCCACCAUGACCCCGCACGUGCUCUCGGAGACCUCACCGGCAUCAAGAAGCAUUACUACCGGAAGCACGGUGAGAAGAAAUUCAAGUGCGAGAAGUGCUCUAAGCGUUACGCUGUUCAAUCCGAUUGGAAAGCUCACUCUAAGACCUGUGGUACCAAAGAGUAUCGAUGUGACUGUGGUACCAUCUUCUCUAGUGAAAGAAAGAAGGACAGUGAAGGGGAAAAGAGAAAAAUUAAAGAUGCUAAAUUUGGUCACAUGAGAGACAGCUACAUCACGCACAGGGCCUUCUGCGAUGCUUUGAUUCAGGAGUCAGCAAGGAACCCUACCGUGAGCUUCACGGCUAUGUCAGCUGCUGGUGGUGGUGGUGCUGGCAGACAUGGCUUUUACGGCGGCGCUGCUUCUUCUCUCUCUCAGAACCAUUUCGGUAGCAGUUCAACUUCUGGGUUUACCCCUCUAGCUGCUGCAGGUUACAAUCUGAACCGUUCAUCUCCCAACAAGUUUGAAGAGUUCGUUCCUCAGUCCUCAAACCCUAAUCCCGGCGGUCCUACCAACUUCCUCAUGCAAUGCGCUACGAACCAAGGAUUGCUGGCGCAGAACGACCAGAGUCUCAUGAACCAGCAUGGUCUGAUCAACCUCGGUGAUAACAUCAACAGCAACAACAACCACUUGUUCAACCUUGGAUACUUUCAAGACACUAAGAACCCUGACCAGACAAGUGUCCCUUCUCUUUUCACCAGUGGUGCUGAUAACAACGAUCCUUCUACUUUGCUGAGAGGGUUAACUUCUUCAUCUUCCUCAAGUGUCGUCGUUAAUGACUUUGGAGAUGCUGAUAAUGGAAACUUUCAAGGUCUGAUGAACUCUCUAGCUGCGACGACUGAUCAUCAAAGCCGCUCCGGUAGCAUUUUUGACCUUCAUUUCGGGAACAAUCUUAGCAUGGGAGGCUCGGAUAGGUUGACUCUGGACUUUCUUGGCGUUAAUGGAGGAAUUGUGAGCAACGUCAAUGGUCGUGGUGGUGGUCGUAAUGGAGCUCCUCUGGGCACUGAGAUGAAGUUUUCACACCCAAAUCAUCCAUUUGGGAAAGCUUGAGAUGAUCGUAUAUGUUUGUACAGAUCAUCCAUAUUAUCUAGAUAUGACUGCUGGGUCCCUUGGAGAUUUUCUUUUUAAGCUUUAAUUUCUUUCGUUUUCUGUUUUCGACUAUAUAUUAAGGGUU